UAUAUAGAGAGAGACAGAUAUAGAGAUAGAUAUAGAGAGAGAAAGUGCUAUGUAUGUAUGUUUCGAGCCGACUGAAAAAUGCCGCGGAAUAACAGAGCUCUGCAAAACUUGUUUCCUGUAAUUCGUCGGUCGGUGCGUCAGAAACCCUUCAGAACUACAGAAUCUCUUUCUCUCUCUCUUUCUCUCUCCUUCUCUCUCUAUAUACAUAUCAAUCUCUCUACUAUAAAUACACACACCAAUCUUCUCUCAAUCUUCAAACAAACCCUUUCCCUUAAAAAAAUCCUCUCAAAAUGCCAUCAUCAAAUUCAUCCGACCGCCGCCAACCACGGCCCCAUCUCACCGGCGCACCUCCACAAGAACCCGAUCACUUACCAUGUCCUCGUUGCGACUCAACCAACACCAAGUUCUGUUACUACAACAACUACAACUUCUCUCAGCCACGUCAUUUCUGCAAGUCCUGUCGCCGUUACUGGACUCACGGCGGCGCCCUCCGCGACAUUCCCGUCGGAGGUGGUAGUCGCCGAAACACGAAGCGUUCUCGCACCUUUACCCUCCCCAUAGUCUCCUCUGCCGCCGCCGCAUCUGUUAUGUCCUCCGAUUCCCCUGUUUUUGCCGGGGAGAUGAAGCUUGAACAGAAUGGUAUUGGGCCGUUUAGUUCUUUUUUGGGAUCUCAAGGCCCAGGUAUAUUAGCUCUUGAUGGGCUUGGUCUUGGACUUGGAUUUUUUCUUGGGUCUGGUUAUGAGAAUAUGGGGUUUGGAGUUGGGACUAGAGCGAUUUGGCCCUUCACUAACGGGAUCAUGGAUAACGGUAACGGAGGAGGAGUAGGGUUGGUUGGGAACACGUGGCAGAUGGAGGGAGGAGGAGGAGGUGUAGAGAGUGGGCUGAUGAGUGGUGGAGAUUGCUUUACAUUUCCUAAGUGAACUUUUAUGAUAUUUUAAUUUGAUGCAUUUUGGUUUGGACUUUUUCUUUUAUUAAGCAGUUGGAUGUAUUUCAUUGUCUAAAUUUUGGGUUAUUGUCAAAUGUGGAGGAAACAAAAAAGUUUUAGGGUUUAAUUUGAUAGUUUUCAAAG